AGACUUGAAGACAUAGUUUGGGCUUCGAGCGUCAGACAAAGUCUCAAAGGAAUUUUAACAGCUGGAAUUUUAAAAUCUAUUCAGUACAGUGUCAAAAAAAUUAAGAAAAUGUUAGCCAGUACAAGGAGAGAAGUGUGAGCACAAGUCAAGAAUCCUUCAACAUGUCAUCACGAGAUAUAGGUCCUGCACUGCCCCCUCAUAUGAGAUCAUUUGAUGAAGAGAGGAAUGAUGACGAGCAGGAUGAAAGAAGAAGGAAACACAGAGACAAGUAUAGUGAAAGGGAAAGGGAUAGGGAAAGAGAAAGAGAAAGAGAUAGAAAGAGUUAUAGAGAAAGGGAACGAGAUAGGGAAAGAGACAGAGAAAGAGAUCGAGAAAGAGACAGAGACAGAGAAAGAGAUAGGAGUAGGAGAGAUGAGUUUAAAGGAAGAGAGAGGGAGAGACCCAGUAGAUAUUCAAAUGAAAGAUAUGGGAAUAGGCAUUUGCCUAGAGAGCAAGAGAGUGAUGAAAGAGUUCAAUCGAAGAGAGAAAAGAUAAAUUUAGAGACAGCAAAAAGGGAAGGACAUACAAGCUCACUGAAACGCUCUAAAAGGUCUAAAACAGAUAGAACUUACAAUACUGAUACCGAGGAGUCAUCUGAUGACGACGAGAGCUAUGUCAAACAGGAAUGGACAAGAGGAAACAAAUCAAACAAUUCUGAUAGUGAAGAGGAAGAUACAAGUAAAAAGGAGGAGUCAGGGUCUGAGGAAAGCGACACAAUAGGACCUGCUUUACCUCCACGUUUUCCCAUCAAUUCAAGCAAAGAGCAAUCAGGUGAAUCAAGUAAAAACUUAGCUUUAUGUGCCAAUUCAAAUCAAUCCAGUAAACUCCAAUCAUCUUCAGAAAAUCUUACGUACCCUGAAUUUGAAGAUGAACCAGAGCUCAAUAUCAAUGAAAAUAAAAUAGAUCUUGUAGGACCAGCACUGCCACCUCAUCUCAUAAAAUCAGACCAUAGUAAGGCAAAAGAUACUAUUGGGCCUGCAUUGCCCCCUGGUCUGAAUGACAGAACUUCACAAAUUGAGGAAGAAAACUUUUCUAUAGGGCCUGCUCUUCCUCCUCAUCUGAAGAGAGAAUUCGAUAGGGAUGGGGAAAAGAGUGAAAGCAGUAUAGGUCCAGCACUGCCUCCUCACCUUCAGUCUAGGGAAGCCAGUACUUCAAACAUAGUUGGACAAACUAUUCCUGCACAUCUAGAGGCAACUGAGGAAUCAGAUGAGGAUGCUGCUGAUAUUGGCCCAAUGUUGCCUCCUAAGUUUAAUAGACCAUUGAUAUUAGGCCCAUCCCUCCCUCCUGGCUUAGAUAUUGCAAAGUACUCUGAAGAAGCAAGAGAUGUCAGUAGUGAUGAUGAUGAGGUUGUUGGACCUUUAUUACCUGGAGAAAUGAUACGCAAUGAGAAGAACUACGUAGUACAAGCCCAGUUGGAGCGUAAUGCUGCUGCAAUAAAACGCAAAUUGGAAGAAAAGGACUUGCCUGGCAGUGAUGCUAACAGAAGAGAGGAUUGGAUGCUUGAACUGCCUCCUGAAGGUACAGUUGAUCUUGGCUUAGGGCCACGCACUUUCCGUGCCAGAGGGGCACCUGAGAAAGGUGCUGAUAGGUCCAUGUGGACUGACACUCCUGCGGAUAAAGCAAGGAAAGAAGAAGAGUCCAAAAGACGUUUUGAGCUUGGUAUAACCUCCACUGAAGAAGUAAAGAAAGAAGCCUUGUCAAAAACUAUGUCAAGUAAAGAUAAAUCCAUGGAGGCUAUAGUAAAGAAACACAAGCGAUCAAAGGAAUCACUUUUAGAUGCUCAUCAGAAGAAAAUUGAGAAGGAGAAAAAGAAAAAAGAGAAGGCUGGUGUGAAGCAAGAACGUCGUCCAUUUAAUAGAGAUACUGACUUAAAAACUAAUGUUUUUGAUGAUGCUCAGAAAAAAGCCAUUUACAAAAAGGCACAGUUCCUUGAUAGUAGAUUCUCUAGUGGGGAAAGCAAAUUUUUAUAGAAUCUAAUCUUGACUUAACCACAUUUGUUGGGGGUAUCAUGUGUAAUACCUGUUUGGUUCUUAUCUAAUGACACUUGUUCAUAUUGAAUAAGUUGUGUGUGACUGAAGAAAUUAAAAAUUGUAGUUUAGGGAGAAAAUUGUAAAUAAAUUGUAUAUAUUAGA